AUGGCUGGUGGUGGAGGCGCAGUGGCUACGUUCUCAGUCUGGGACUAUGUGGUGUUUGCCGGGAUGAUCCUGGGGGCUGCGGGUAUCGGGCUCUUUCAGGCUAUUCGAGGCAGAAAGGAGAACAGCACUGCUGAAUUCCUGCUGGGUGGCCGUCAGAUGACAGCGGUGCCUGUUGCCAUGUCCCUUACAGCAAGCUUCAUGUCGGGAAUCACAGUUAUCGGGACGCCUGCGGAGGCUUACAUUUAUGGAACAUCAUUCUGGCUCUUUGCUUUCUCCUAUGCCAUCAUGUCAACCAUCAGUGCAGAGAUCUUUGUGCCCCUGUUUUACCGUCUUGGCAUCACAAGCACAUAUGAGUACUUGGAGUUGCGCUUCAGUAAAGUUGUUCGUGUGGUUGGAACAACCAUGUACAUAGUUCAGACAGCUCUAUACACAGGCAUGGUCAUCUAUGCCCCCGCUCUUGCCCUCAAUCAGAUUACUGGAUUAGACCUCUGGGGAGUGCUGGUGGCAACAGGAAUUGUCUGUAUCAUCUACUGCACCCUGGGUGGCCUGAAGGCAGUGAUAUGGACAGAUGUGUUCCAGAUGGUCAUUAUGCUGGCUGGGUUUUUGUCAGUCAUCAUUCGAGGGUCUGUGUUACAGGGAGGCAUCGGAAAAAUCUGGGAAGAUAACCAAAAAGGCGGGCGCCUAGACUCAUUUAGUUUUGAUCCAGAUCCUCUAAGACGUCACAGUUUUUGGACCAUAGUUGUCGGUGGCAGUUUGAUGUGGGUAUCAAUGUACGCCAUCAACCAAUCCCAGGUGCAGCGCUAUAUCUCCUGUAAAACUAUGACUCAUGCUAAAAUGUCUCUGUAUGUGAAUCUGCUGGGGUUAUGGACGACUGUGUCUUUGGCCAUGUUGUGCGGCCUCACUAUGUACUCCAUUUAUAAGGACUGCGAUCCUUUAAAUAAUAAAGAUGUGGCAUCUUCAGACCAGCUCCUUCCAUAUCUGGUGAUGGACAUUCUAGCAGAAUAUCCAGGACUUCCAGGCUUGUUUGUAGCAGCUGCAUACAGUGGGACUUUAAGUACGGUAUCAUCCAGUAUUAAUGCUCUGGUGGCAGUGACGGUGGAGGAUUUUGUAAGGCCUCUGUGGCCCAAUCUGAGCCAAAAGCAAGCGUCCUGGAUUAACAUGGGCAUGAGUGUUUUCUUCGGAGCUUUGUGCAUUUCUAUGGCAGCCAUAGCUUCCAUGAUGGGCAGUAUCUUGCAGGCGGCCUUGUCCAUAUUUGGGAUGAUCAGUGGACCUCUGCUGGGCCUUUUCCUUAUGGGCAUGUUCUUCCAUUGUGCUAAUUCAACAGGAGGUCUAGUUGGUUUGCUCUCCGGCCUCGUUUUAACACUCUGGGUGGGAAUCGGUGCUCAGGUGUAUCCUCCAUUACUGACUAAAACCAGACCGCUUCCCCUCAGUGUGGCAGGGUGUGAUUCUCAGGACAUUAAUCUAACCACAACACUGGCAGCAUGGACAAGUGCCGCCCUACCAACUUCAGUGCCAAGUGUAAGACCAGCAUUAGCUGAUUCCUGGUACUCUUUGUCCUACCUGUAUUUCUGUCCUCUGGGCAUGCUGGUGACUAUGGUCAUCGGGCUAAUUGUCAGUGCCAUCUCAGGUGGCUGUAAACAAGAGAAGAUACCACCGGAACUGUUUGUUAGGAAGGAGGACCUCAUCUGCUUUGGCUGUAGAAAAAAGCACACAAUGAACUCAGAUACAGAUUUGAUUGAGAAAGUAGGACCAGACUCGCUUUAUGGAAUGGACAACCCAUACUUCACUGAAACAGACCUGAAACAGAAGAAGGACGACAACAUCACAGUGUGCUGAGUAAUUCUGCUGACCAGAAAGUUCAACAAAACAAACAUAAAACUUAACGCUGGGUUUAUGUUUGCUGGAUUCUUUAUGCAUAAAUGUACUUUAAGUGAGCAAAUUAUUGUUUCUAUAGAUGCAGCAUUUCAUUAUACUGUACUGUUCACUUAAAUGCAUUUUCCAGAAUGACAUGUUGGCAAAUCAG